GUGACACGAAAGCAGCUAGGAGGCAAGCGAGCAAGCGCCAAAGCAGAAAGCAGAACCCCGGAAGCCGAAGGAGAUCUAGCUCUAGUCACUGAGCAAGGACGAGUACGGGCCUACUUUGGUGUGGACCAGAUCUCUAUCAUCACAGAAUCUUCCAGUUUCGAGACUCUGUUUUGGGAAGAGAUAGGAAUAGGAUACAGGCAUAGUAAUAGCUCUCAACGACAAGAUGAUGGUGCCAUCGUUGUACCCUUCUACAACACAACUGAGAAGAAAGUUACCUCCUUCGUCCGCGAGCAGGAUCCACUAACAGGAGACAUCAAGAUAAGGUGCCCGAACGACUACACCACAUGGGAAACAGUAGCAGAACUCAUUAAUCACGGAGAAGUGAACCGAUUCUACGGAGAACUAGUGUACUUGGAUAUGGACGGAGAGAGUCCCAUCUUCAAUCUUUUUCAGAUCAAAGGACUUAUAUCUUCUAGAGAUGCAGAAAAAUGCCAGUGGAAGUCUUAUGUAAGUGGCCUCAAGAAGAAGAAUGCAGCGCGGUCGAUCACUUGGUUGGCGAGAAACGAGGUGGAAAAGAUCGACAACCUUCAGGCCAAAAAGAAGAUCGUGGCGGCAUCUAUAUCAACCUCAUCAUCUUCCUCGUCAUCAACAUCUAGACAAAAUAGCAACCAUCACAUCAAUGAACACAAGACUCUUGCGUCACACAUGCGGAUGUCCAAAGUAUUCAGUGACGAGGAAGACGAAUCAAAGAAGACGUCGAUGUGUAAGAAGCUGUUCCGGGAGCCGGCUGAGCAGAUAAGCAACAUAAAGGAAUCGAAGAAAAGAAGCCAUGAGAACAAAGGAUACAGUAGUACAUCCAAAUCGGAGAUAAUCAAAACACCUAGUUUCUCUUCGAUCGAGGUGACAUCUCCGUUCCAACUCCCUGAAAAUCAAGAGUACUACAUGAGUAUGAGCAAGCAGACGAGUGCACGAAGCGACAGGAACGAAGUGGAAACGCAAUGGAUUCACGAGGCCAAGGACGAAAAAACAAAGCGAAGAAGGAUCAUGGACAACAUCAACUGGGACGAGAUCUGACUGGGAAGAUGAAGAAAUAGCAGGAAACAGAAGAGAAGACAACACCGUAGGAGCCGCGCCGAAUAUGCAGAUGGGUGAAGAAGCAGCGAUUGAAGAAGUGAAAGUGGAGUGCUGAGCUUAACCCGCAGAGCUUAAAAUUGCUGAACUAAUUAAGUAGAUAGCUGAACUAGAAAAAGAAAAUAAAAUAAAGACUAAAAAGCACAAGGGAGCUUGUUCUGCUGAGGACUAUUUUUAUCCUCGGAAUCGGAAUUCGGUAGUAGUUGUCUCACUCGCCGGUCGAUUGACUCGUCAUGAUCUCGUUAUCGUCUUCGGGAAGGUAAUCUCGAUCGACAGGCACUAAAAAGAAGUUUGAUAUAUACAAAAGAAAAAACAUAGAAAAAGGUUUUUUCACUAUCUCAAAAAAAAAAAGACACAACCUCUUACUUGGACGACGAGAAGAAGCCACUGGGUUCUGAGGAAGCGAAGCAGAGAAGAAAUCGACUCAAAAUUGGC